AUGUCCCAACAACAACCUCCAUCCAUCAUCGUCCUCGGCGGCGGCGUAACCGGUCUCACAGUCGCUUCUGAAUUCCUCCACAUCUACCCCUCUUCCAAAAUCACCAUCGUAGCAAAACACCUUCCUGGCGACAUCUCAUUUGCGGAAUACGCCUCCCCGCAAGCGGGGGCCAAUUGGGCUAGUUUCGAAGAAAACCUAGGUCAAUAUGCGACGUAUGACCGCGUCGCGUUCGAGAGGUUUCUUCGCAUCGCGGACGAGUAUCCCGAGAGUAGUGGGGUGAAGAGGUUUCCGAUGCGGUUUGUGUUUGAUGAGGAGAAGGACGAGGUGAAGAGGUUGUGGUAUGUGGAUUUGGUGGGUGGUGUGAAAGUGAUUGGGUCUGGUGAGGAGGGGGAGAAGUUGCCGGAUGGAGCGAGGUCGGCGGUGGAUUUGACGACGUUUAUGAUUAAUCCGGUGGUGUAUUUGGUUUGGCUCCAGACACGCCUUCUCAAAAAAGGCGUCCAAUUCAUCAAGAGAGCCUACAGUCACAUCGAUCAUGUAUUCGAUGACUUCCCAGACGCCGCUGCCGUCUUCAACUGCACUGCUCUCGGGGCUCGAAAUCUCGGCGGUGUAGAAGACAAGGACGUCUAUCCUGCCAAAGGUCAAACCAUCUUAAUCGCAGAGCCCAAAACUCCCAUUCAGAAAAUGUAUAUUUGGGAUACUUCGAGAUUCGGAAAUAACGAAUUCUCCCAUGUCUUCCCACGUCCUCUGGGCGGAGGGAUUAUUAUCGGUGGUGUCAAGAUAGAUGGUGACUGGGAUGAUAAGCCGGAUAUGGCUCGUGCGGAGAGGAUCAAGGAACGAGCUUGUCAGCUGUGUCCGGAGUUGGGAAGGCCAGACCAAUUGCAGGUUCUUAGUCAUAAUGUUGGGUUGAGACCGGCGAGAAAGGGCGGUGCUCGUGUCCAGGUUGAGACUCGAAAGGGUAAGAUUCUGGUACAUAACUAUGGAGCUGGAGGGGCAGGUUAUCAGUCUUCAUGGGGCACCGCUGCACAUGCUGUGGAGCUUUUCUCGCAGCAGUAUGCGUCUCGACACUCAAAACUAUGA